AUGCCAAAGUUAGUAGUAUGUUCGUGGUUACUUUUGCCGUUGAAUGACUUUGCUUUUUGUUUUGUUCUCUCACAGCAGUUGGCUAACUUACCAUUGGUGCAACUGGCUGCAGUGUGUUCGUCUGUCAAAAAUGCCGCAACUUCUUGUGUGUCACAGUUCAACAGAAAAAGGAAACAACCAAGAAGGAAGGAAAAGCAGUCAUCGGAAGAAGUGAUAUGUCCAGAGAGUCUCAACAAUGUGAUUGGGACUCAGGACAACCUACCAAACAACUGGUUGUCAGAAUGCACCGUUCCAACAACAAAAAACAACUGGCAUGUGUCAUAUGUGUCUGCAGAAACAUUUUUUCAGAAUAAACACGGUAUUUCAAUAGAAAGCCUGAGUCACAAUCCUCAUAGCAGUACACAUAUACUUUCAAAUCUAUUGUCAAAUGUACAGUUACAACAAAGAUAUCAAACGCAAUGGAUUCCACAGUCAUUUUUUCAGCAGAGAAGAGGAUUCAAAACAAGAAGAUCAAUUCCCACUCCACCAAUGAAGUCGAGCAGUCUGAAACUAGCCAUGCCUUCAGAACAGACACCUGGUUUGGGAAGUUUAGACACCAUUCUACAGAAUUUAAGCAGCAAAGAAAAGGUGAAUUUAUCAGAGAAUAUUGAGAAAGCACUGAGAUCAGAAAAAAUCCAGGAAAAUGAAAGAGAUUCCUUCAAAACUGGCUUUGUGGAAGGAUAUCUCAGAUCUCAGAAAGAAAUAAAAAAAUCAGAUAAUUACAGUCGAUGGUUAAGUGUCAUCUUAAUUGCAAUCAUUGUAUAUUGCAUUUACAAGCUGUCCCUUGUUGCUCGCGUGUCGAUAUCCACUGCCCAGGUUGAUGCCAUGAAUGUUAAGAAUAUUGGUUUUGAUGACGUCCAAGGGGUUGAAGAAGCUAAACAGGAACUUAAGGAUGUCGUAUCAUUUCUCCAAGAUCCUGAGAAGUACACAUCUCUUGGUGGUAAACUACCAAAAGGAGUGUUACUCGUUGGUCCACCUGGCACUGGAAAGACGUUACUAGCAAGAGCCGUUGCUGGGGAGGCUGAUGUGCCGUUCUUCUAUGCAUCGGGAUCGGAGUUCGACAACAUGUUUGUGGGAUCUGGAGCCAGGAGAGUGCGAGAUUUAUUUGCCGAGGCCAAAGCCAACACACCAUGUGUGAUCUUUGUUGAUGAGUUAGAUUCAGUUGGUGGCAAGCGAGUUGAUUCGCCAUUGCAUCCAUAUUCCAGACAAACGAUUAAUCAGUUACUGGCAGAAAUGGAUGGGUUUAAACAGAAUGAAGGAGUCAUUGUAAUUGGAGCUACUAACUUUGCGGAAGCACUUGAUAGUGCAUUGACAAGACCAGGUCGUUUUGAUAUGCAAGUCGUUGUACCUAAACCUGAUGUGAGAGGACGCAUGGAAAUCCUGACGCUAUAUCUGGGAAAGGUCAAAGUCGAUGCUGGUAGGUCAAAGCUGAUUGUGAUUCUGACCGUUGGUUUCACAGGUGCAGAUCUCGAAAAUAUGGUGAAUCAGGCCGCGCUGAAAGCGGCUGGUGACAAGAAACAGAUGAUUGAUAUGAGUGAUUUAGAAUAUGCCAAAGAUAAAAUAUUGAUGGGUCCCGAAAGAAAAAGCGCACAAAUUGAUCAGAAGAACCGCAAGAUCACAGCAUAUCACGAAGGAGGACAUGCAUUAGUUGCAUUCUUUACUAAAGAUGCAACUAGUAUUAAUAAAGCAACAAUUAUGCCAAGAGGACCCACACUUGGACAUGUGUCAUUACUUCCAGAUAAAGACCAGUGGAAUGAAACAAAAUCUCAGUUAUUAGCCCAGAUGGAUAUCUGUAUGGGCGGUAGAGCUGCCGAGGAACUCAUCUUCGGACCUGAUGCAAUUACUACGGGUGCCGCCAGUGACUUCAACCAAGCUACCAGGAUAGCAAGAAUGAUGGUUACUCAGUUUGGUAUGAGUGAAAAGCUUGGUCUGAUGACAUACACUGAGCAGAAUACUCAGAGUCCUGAAACAGAGGCACUUAUAGAAAAUGAAGUCAGAUCAUUAAUAAAGGAUUCAUAUGAACGAGCCAAGAAUCUGUUGAAAACACACUCACGUGAACACCAUAGUCUGGCAGAGGCACUGCUCAAGUACGAGACUUUAUCGUCAGAUGAAAUAUCAACAAUUUUACGUGGUAAACUGAUAAAAGUAGCUUGAGAAAUCUUACGCCACCAACUUUUACAGUAGGCGGAAUGGAUACUCGAUGGAUUGUCAAUGGGAAAUGUUAUUUUAUAUUAAAUGGGAAAUCAGUACAGGUUUAUUUUUUUCCAUUGUUUGUGCAAGUUGCAAACAGUUUGUAGCGGAGGACUUCUUUUAAAUCAGUGUUAACCAUAGUACGCAAGAUUUUGUCCAGUCAUUUUUUAAAUUUAUUUACCUCGCUACCUCACUGGUAAUGUGGUUUUUGUUUGUGAAGGCUGUACACUGAACUGGCAUAUGAUUGAAAUAUGAUUAUUUCAUUAUUUUGAACCUCUCUUCAUAGACAGCUUACUUGGGAUUAUUGGUGGGCACUCUGCCUAAUAAAUAAGAGUAAAACAUUGAUGUGUUUUUUUACUCAGUACCAAAUAUUUGUUUAGAGGAAAACUGCCUGAAAAAAAAUGAGCUUUUUUGGAACUAUAUCAAAUAUGAAUCUAUGUUAAACCAUUAUUUCAUAAAAAAUAUAUGAUAUUCAGCAGAAUUUCUCAAUAAUUCAGACCAACCAAGAAUAAUCAUCUUCUGACACAUACAAACCCAAACAAAAUUUUGAGAUAUGACAAAACCUUUCUACCAUAGAAACUGAUAGUAAGUCUCUCAAAAAACACCGUUUUCAAAUUCAUGGAUGAUUGACCCAUAUUUUUUUUAUCAGCAUAAAAUGAACCUGUGAAAGUCAAGGAAAUAAGUUCCGGGGUCAUUAAGGUUAUGACUGAUAAGACAAUCUAGAAUAACAUCUCAACUUUGUUUUCAUCCUUAUAUUUAGUGACCUGGAAUGAUUGAUGAUAUCGUGUUUGUUUUUGGAAAAUUAGUAAACUCUUUUAAAAUAAAUGUAUAUAUCUGGCUUCCAACACUUUCACCAUAGAGGAGAUGAGUACUUUGUUACAAAAUUGAUGGUAUAAAUUAUUGUGGCCUGUAUGCUACUAAUUAAAGAUGACUAUCUUUUUCUCUCAAAGUUUGUAAGUGUUUAUAUAGUUUGCCCAUUUUGAUAGCCAAACUGAUUCUUGUCAGGUAUUGUUAUAAACGAGUAUUAAAAUGAAAUUAUGCUGUACAUCUUACGAAACCCUGUGUUUUUAUAUCGUGUUUGCAUCCCUUUAUGCUAGCAGAUUUUAUGCCCUAUGGUACAGGGGGUAUCGGCACUGGUGUAACUAUUGCACUUGAAAACUGGGGUGUACAUGUACAUGACAUCCCCUACUUGGACUGGUGUUGUAAGUGCUUUGGGCGGGCGAAGUUAUCUUGUUUAAAAGUGUAUACUCUUGAUGUGUAGAAUUUGUUAGGCCUGGUUUAUACAGAUGUAACUUUUUCUAGUGACAACCCUAACACAAUACUGUUGAUCUUCAAUGCUUAUGCAGACUCCACCCUCUCCACAAUCUAUGUAAAUGCUAGUCUUUGAAUCUUCAUCUAAACUAAGUGUUGUCUGGGGAUAACAUUGUAAUAUGGAUAUACUCAUUUGUUUAUGUUAACAGACUUGUGUGCAUUUUUAUUUGUGAACAAAAUAUAAUUCUUGCCUCAAGUGAGAAUCGUUAUAACCAUAAGUUUGUGCACAUUACAGCACCCACUAUAGAAAGUUUAGGCUGAUCAACCAGAGUACUAAAUAUUCAGUGAUUUUGUGGCUGGAGUAGUGUAUACUAUUUCCACUGUCAUCAAAUCAAUGAAUUGACUAAAGUAUCUACCUGUAUUAACAAUAUCGAUUUUGUGAGACUUCAUAUAUACUGGUAGUUUAUUUCUAUUGCAUGCAUAACCUAAAUAAGAGUAAUGUUAAUCUAAAACAAUCAAUAGCAACUAAUUUAAAGUCCGAGCAGUGUAUUAGUUACAACGUUCAAAAUUUAACAUGCUGUUUGCCAGAGUUAUUAACUCGUCAGUUUUGAGUCGUGUUAAUGGGCAUCUACAUAUGAGAAAUGGUUCUCAAUUGUUAGUUUUUGUGUAUUUGGGGGAGGGGCAGUGAAUAUUUUCACUAGUCCCUAGGGAGUCUAGUAACACAAACAAAUUUGAAUCAUUUUUUUUCCUGACAUAUGAGGUCAGAGGGAAAAAGUACAAACAUUCGGUGUAAUUGCAGAAAUGUACAUUUAUUCACUUUUUGCAUGAUUAUCAUGUAUUUCAUUUAUUUAAAAAUAAAAAUUUCAGAUUAAUUUU